GUUCCCUGGACUCAGGAGGCACAUAGCACCUUCCCCAUCCUGCAGCCUUUCUCACCUGGAAGAGAACUCCUUGAAGGCUUACAAAAUGUGCGACGCCUUUGUGGGGACCUGGAAACUCGUCUCCAGUGAGAACUUCGAUGAUUACAUGAAAGAAGUGGGAGUUGGCUUCGCCACCAGGAAAGUGGCCGGUAUGGCCAAGCCCAACUUGAUCAUCAGCGUAGAAGGGGACUUGGUCGUCAUCCGGUCAGAGAGUACUUUUAAAAACACCGAGAUUUCCUUCAAACUGGGCGUGGAAUUCGAUGAAAUCACCCCAGAUGACAGGAAAGUGAAGAGCAUCAUAACCCUGGAUGGUGGGGUCCUGGUACAUGUGCAGAAGUGGGAUGGAAAGUCGACCACCAUAAAGAGGAGACGAGAUGGUGACAAGCUGGUGGUGGUGAGUUAUGCUGCACACUUAGCUGUACUGUCUGGGCCUCAGGACCAUUAUUGCACACUAGAAAACACACCUGCUGUGUAGAACAAAAGGUUCAUUUGUAGCAUUUGUUUAGUUGGAGCUGACGGUUGAAUGCUGGUUCUCAAACUUGCCUAAUGUACUCUGUCCUCUAAGCUGCACCUCCACCCUCUCAUGCAGUCAGGCUCCACCCUCUCAUGUAGUCAGGGUCUACCCUCUCAUGCAGUCAGGCUCCACCCUCUCAUGCAGUCAGGCUCCACUCUCUCAUGCAGUCAGGCUCCACCCUCUCAUGCAGUCAGGCUCCACCCUCUCAUGCAGUCAGGCUCCACCCUCUCAUGCAGUCAGGCUCCACCCUCUCAUGCAGUCAGGCUCCACCCUCUCAUGCAGUCAGGCUCCACCCUCUCAUGCAGUCAGGCUCCACCCUCUCAUGCAGUCAGGCUCCACCCUCUCAUGCAGUCAGGCUCCACCCUCUCAUGCAGUCAGGCUCCACCCUCCCAUGCAGUCAGGCUCCACCCUCUCAUGUAGUCAGACUCCACCCUCUCAUGCAGUCAGGCUCCACCCUCCCAUGCAGUCAGGCUCCACCCUCUCAUGUAGUCAGGCUCCACCCUCUCAUGCAGUCAGGCUCCACCCUCUCAUGUAGUCAGGCUCCACCCUCUCAUGUAGUCAGGCUCCACUCCUUCAUGCAGUCAGGCUCCACCCAUGCACACUUUCCCCCUAGAAAGCAAUCCCUGCCUCCUCUGUGGCAUCACCGGAAGCCUAGUGCAACAUCCUCAACAUCCUCAAGACUGUAGUCUGCAUUUCUGCUCAUGGCACUCACUUACUGUGCAGAGUUUCCAGUUCCCUGAGGGAAGGACCUUUAUCUUCUUGGUCUUUGUAUCACCCUAACCUGUUAUACUUGGGGAUGGAUGUGCAAUAUGAUAGAAGAUUCUACAACACAUGGGGUUGUUGCUGUUGUUGUUGUUGUUGUUGUUGUUGUUGUUGUUGAAUAUCAUUUCCUUUCCAAGACCAAGAGAUAAAAAAUUAAGCCCCUGCUAUUAUCUCUGUGAUUUACCAUGUCAAUUUUGUGCCUGUGUUUAGGAAUGUGUCAUGAAAGGCGUGACUUCUACAAGAGUUUACGAAAGGGCAUGAGCCAAGGGACGAGGCCCUGGACUGAAAUUUGCAUCAAACUCUACAAUAGUUGAUGGGAUUUGUUGGUUUUGUUUUUUUUUUUUUAAGAUACGAUUUUCCACUAAUUAGCAAGCAAUUACUUUUUUCUGAAGCUGGGAUUUUAUUGGAUAUGGUUAUGCUGGUUAAAUAAAACCUUUUUAGACUUAGAAA